CCCGGGAGCGGUGCCGCCGGCCGGGCCCGCCGCGCUGAGGACGCGUUCCCGAGCGGUAUGAGCGGCCGGAGCCCGCUGCUGGUAGCAUGAGUGCUGGCCCCCAGGUGCAGCUGGCUGUCCUCUGGCCUUGGCUGCUCAUGGCGACCCUGCAGGCAGGACUGGGCCACACCGGGCUGGCGCUGGCGGCGGCCGUGGAGUCGGAGCGGGCGGCGGCGCAGAAAGCCAUCAUCAGGGUGAUCCCACUCAAAGUGGAGCCCAUCACCCUGGAAGGGGAGUUCGCCAACGUUGCCGAGGUGACUCCGGCCGAAGGGAAGCUGCUGCAGUCCCACCCGCUAUCCCUGUGCAACACCAGCGAGGAUGAACACACGGAGUCGGGGUUCAUCACCAUCGUCAAGCUGGAACAGCCGGAUCGGGACCCCAACCCCUGCCUGUCCCUGGCCAACAAGGCAAAGCUGGCAGGGGAGCGUGGAGCGCGUGCGAUCCUUUUCGACAUCACCGAUGAUGAAAGUGCUGCUGAUCAGCUGAGGAAGCCCAGAGGCCUGAGCCAGCCCGUGGUCCUGAUCAGGGGCCACGACGCUGAGCUCCUCAUGGGUGUCGUGAACAAGAACAGAGAGGCCCAUGUGAAGAUAGAGGUCAAGGAGCCACCAGCUUGGCCAGACUACGACGUGUGGAUUCUUCUCACAGUGGUCAGCACUGUGGUCGUCAUCAUUUUAAUUUUUGUUGUCCGCACAAAGUGCCAGCUGAACAGGACUCAGGACUCGGUGCAGCAGCAGACCCUGCAGGCCAUCGGGCAGUUGGCCACGCGCCGCUACCAGCCGCGGGCGCGGCCGGCCCCGCGCUGGGACUCGGCCAGCAGCUGCAGCUCCGCCCCGCUCUGUGCCAUCUGCCUCGAGGAGUUCAGCGAGGGGCAGGAACUGCGGAUCAUCUCAUGCUCACACGAGUUCCAUCGGGAGUGUGUUGACCCUUGGCUGCAGCAACACCACACGUGUCCACUCUGCAUGUUCAAUAUUCUUGCCAGAGACUCAGGGGACCAGGCCAUGGCUGCCAGCUCCAGGCUGGUCCCUCAGGACAUGGAGCCUGGGCGGCGACUCCACCUUUUCCGCCAGCAUCCAGGACAUGCCCUUUACCACCUUCCACACGCAUAUCCUCAGAGGAGCCUCAGGAGCUUUCCCUCAGAGCCAGCCCACGGCAACCCCUUCUUCCACUCUCCAGAGCUCUCCCACCUGGACUUUGGCACCAUCCACUACAUGCCCUACAGACCAGCCACCUCCCUGCUGGCCUGCGGCCACGUGGCCCCGCUGGCCCCGGGCUUGCUGGGCCAGCAGCAUCCCAGCCCCUCUGCGUGCGGGCAGGCGCUGGCACCCCACAGGACGUGUCCCCUUCAACCUCAGCCCCCCUGUCUGGUGCCCAAGGCAGCCCUGGCACAGAAGCAGCACCGUGCACCCACCCUGCGCCGGGGGCUUGGCCACGGGCACCAGCACAACAGCAGUGGCUCUGGGGAGAGCUAUCUCACGGAGCACAGCGGGUACCUGGCCGACGGGCCAGGCAGCGACUCCAGCUCGGGGCCCUGCCACGGCUCCUCCAGUGACUCCAUGUUGAACUGCACGGACGUCAGCCUGCAGGGCAUCCACGGCAGCUGCUCCACCUUCCGCAGCUCCCUCAGCAGCGACUACGAUCCCUUUGUGUACUGCAGCUCCGAGGGCCCCGCCACGGACCACGGCCAGGAGCAGCUGCGGCCGCCCAGGGAGAGGCGGCCGCGCUCCUUGGACUUGAUGGUGCCAGGGGGGGCGGCUCCGGCCAAGCCCCAGGUGCUCAGCCACGUCCACUACCACCACCACCAGCACCACCACUACAGGCGGGAUGCAGAGUGUCCCCCUGGGCGGGCCGGCCAGGGGCCGGGGCCACGCAGAUCCCGGUACUCUGGGGCCAAGGUUGCCUUCCACAGUGCUCGGACGCAAAAGAGGACUGAGAAAAGCCAUCACUCUCAGCAGCCUCUGGAAAGCAGUGGAGUGCUGCAGGAGGCAGCUCCAGCAGGACAGCCAACGUGUCCCAAGGAAGGCCGGGAGCCCCCUCACAGCCCCUCCACUUCUCCAGACAGGUUGGACUUCAGUGUAGAUGCCAGCAGACAAUUGGGAGCAGCCGGCACACCCCCUGUCCCGCUGCCCCCCAGACACAGCUUACAGCGCAGGCAUCACCGACGGAAAAGAAAGUGUCCCCUGGAGCCCGACCCCGCUCUCCUGGCCAAGGACUCGGCCGAGCCCGGAGCCUGUGACACUCACCUUCCUCCUGGCCGUCCUGCUGGCUACCGCUGCUCUCCUGAAGCCCAGCCCCUGCUCCCCAGCGCUCCCCUGCCCAGCGGCUCCCGGCUGCUCUGGAAGUGCUUAGUGCCACAGUCCAGCUCCGAGCUGAGGAAGCAGGAGGAGGGGUUGUCAGGACGGGAGAGAAACCGCUCAGUUCCUGCAGAUUUCUCAGGGAUGGGCGCCCCCAGACACAGUCUGAGUGUCCGCCUUCACUGCCCAGCUCAGCAGGGUCAGGGAUCUGAAGACGAGGUCCAGGAUGUCCAUGAACACUCAGUUUAAUAAAACACUGGCCUGUUUGCUCGCUGGGAGCUGGAGUGGACACAGAUGUUGAUGGAGCUGCUGACAUCUGGCUCUGCCCAGCCCUGCCCUGCUGAGACCCGGACUGCCAAGAGCAACGGGCCACUUGUGGUCUCCUGACACGUCCCCAAGCCCUGCCAGUGACACCAGCAGAGCCCUGCUCCUCUGAAGGCACAGGCAGCCCCUCGACGUGCCGUGGCACCGCUCCGAGCCGGGCAGGGCUCCCAGGGAGAGCUCACCGAGUGAGUGCAAGCUGCUAUUUUGGCGUGUUCAUGCCACAGAAGGUUUUGCUAAACACUGCAAAAAUAAACAAGCCUUCGAGACCAAAAGCUGCAGAAAUUACUUUCUGUGGCCUGGUAGCUCCUGACUUCAUUUCCUCACUUAGGUCAAAAGCCAGAUUUCUUCAAUUAACUUUUCCAUGCUUAUUUCAGACACAGGAACAAGCUAUUCUCCAUCUCACCACUCACAGGGCUGCCCUGCAAGGUGCUGCUUCUGACUUCCACGGAAACCACUUUUGAUCACCUCAGUGUCCCUCAGCUGACGCCGUCUCAGCCGCUGGCUGUGUUUGCCAGCAGCAGGAGAGGGGAAGACAGGGACAUCAGCAUUUCUGGGAAGGAGCUGGGUCAGACUCUUUCCAUUGCAAAGAAUCCACCCUCUCAUCUGGCAAUGUGAACAAGUCUCUCACUCACCCUCUAACUCCUCCACCUACCCUCAAAUAGCUGUCAUGGCCAGCCCUGUUAAGAGCAUAUUUCAAACAUCUCCCAGAUGUCCCCAUCACAGGAGUCAAGGAAAAUCCUGGAGUUCAUGUGGCUCUUGCUUCUCUCCUUCCUCUCAUUGCCCCAAGACUCAGAAAAAAUUCCCAGCAAAAGCCUCCUUAAUAAAUGCCGAGCAGAGCCCUAUCCAUCACCCAGCCUUAGCUUCAUAUUCUGAGACCCCUGAAACCCUUCAAAAGGAUUUUUCUCUUUUCCAACAUUUUGAUGAUUCAGGGAGAAAACCUGAGAAAUAAUCAGGCUCUGGUUUAUUACAUUCCUCCUUCCCCCCAUUUAUGAAUGUUUUGGGUUUUUCUGAAUGUCACUGGUUCUUAUUUCCUCCAUCUCAUAAUUUGCAGACAUUCAAGCAAAAUACAACCUGCCACAUUCAGAACAUACAGAACCCAUGCAGCUUUCAAACAGAGAAUUCCUGUCAUUGCCUUACACGAUCAGUCAGGCCAAAGAAUCAGCCAGAUUCCCAUGUGAAGUGCACAUUUCCAUGGCACCAAGUGCUUCCAAGCACAAGGAACCAUUGGUGAGGAUGCAACACCGGAGCUGAAGCUAACUGCUGACAAUUUGAAACUUCAUGUAGGGACAGACUUUCCCAUCUCCUCACUAAAGCUUCCUGUGUCUUCCUUUGAAGCUGCAGCUUCUCAAGAGAGUUUUCCAGUGAUGCAGUCCCAGGUCAGGAUAAUCCUGUACCUUUUUUGUUGGCAGGAAAGCUUUUUACGGUGUUUGCUGCCCUUAAUCCUUGAAAAAAGGCAUCUUUGUCACAGCUGCUAAUCAGUCCCUGCCAGUCAAGUGAUCAGCCAAUAGCACCUUUCAGUCUAGGGAAGAGCUGAAUUUCUUUCAUCAAAGGACACAGCAGAAUUACAUUUAGACCUUUCCCGGUUCUUGCUUGUCCUACAGCACGAGCAGAAGACACAAGCACAGAAGUUUUCUCCCAUGCAGGGAAGUCAGUCUUAAAAUAGAGGAAGAAUCCAGGAGUAGAUCUGAAUUCACCCCAUUUGGCUUCUUGUGCUCCUGGUCCGUGGCUUGUCUGAACCAGCUCCCCACAUCCUUUACCAUACUGGAGGGCUCAGAGGCUUAACAGAGGGGAGGGUCAUGAAGUCAGGGUGCUCCCACUGCUUUUUUUAGGAGUCAGGAAGGCAGAGAGCCUCCACAGAUGCAUUUCACUGCUCAGAGGAACAAGUGCAGCUCUGAAGUCCCCUCUUUCCUCCUAAUCCCUAACAAAAGAGGAGAUUCCUGAAUUUGUGAGCCAUAAGCUUCUUUGGGAAAGUGGUCAGCACUUGUGCACCGUCUCCACUCCCCACUGCAGUAUUGCCAGGGCAGCGCCUGCUUCUGAGUGUCUCCCUUUCCUGGCCUUGUGCUGCUGCUCCAGUUCACGUCUGCCUCGGUGGGGGCUCAGGGAGGAGGGAGGAACUCUCUGGGAACUUGGGUUUGAAAGAUCCCAAUAGUAGAUGGAUCCCUAACCUUGGCUGCCUGGAAGGGAAGAAGCAGUAUGAGAAAAUAGGGAAUGGUUCCUCACAGUUCUUUACCUCUGGCUUCUGAGUGAUGCUUUUGAGUGCUUGGUGCCUGUGGGCUCUGCUCCUGCUGGAGUUUCUCCAGUAUCCCUGCAGUGACACAGAGCUCAUUUUCCGUCUUUGCAUCCAAAGUAACAGCCGAAAACGGAAAGAAGCUAGAGCAUCCCAAGCUCCCCCUAUCCAAACUGAAGGCCAACCCCUUCCCCAGGGACCCCCUUCCCAGGAGCUCCCACCCCCUGAACUGGGCAUAUGGUUGGGCUGGCUGGGUAUCUCCCCACUGCACAAAUCCUUCAGAUCCUUUAGAAAUGUGAAUAUCAGUUCGUUUUGUUGUUGCUUUUUGUG